AACUCCAUGCGACUUUUUAUGGUUAACGCAGAUGUAACGUGCAUUGGGAACCUUUACCUCCAAUAAUUACAUUACAUCCAAAAACGAUUGUGCAGACGUAAUUUAUUCAUCAUCCGACCAGGUUAUAAAACUUCGGAUUGGCCCAGACAUCGGGAUACACAAGUACUGGAGAGAGCUUCCGCCUGCUGGUUCCAUGGAUUUCAAUGAGAACUGUUCAUUGUGCGAGGAGCCGAUUUAUGGAGGAUUCCAUGUUUGACUAUGGGGCUUUGUCGCAUGCUUAGUUGUUAGUGGCGCUACUUUGGCACCGGAGCAUGUGCAUUGAAAACCUAAACGAGCUGAACAUCUGCACACCUGUGAGCAGCAGUAUGAUGCAGACAGGAGUCAUUCUGAGACAGGACACUGAGACAACACUACCAGAGCUCACUGAACAGCACAGGAUCAGACUGAAAGAAGAGGAACUCGGUGGACUGGUCCACAUGGCAGAGUCAGAGACGUGUGCUGCAGCAGGACUCAACACUCUGGAGCCAGUGUGUGUUACAUUACACAGAGGGGUCAGUGAUGUACACCAUACACACACAUCACUGAUUAAAACAGAAACUGAUCUGGGCUUCACCCACCCUGGGGACCUUAUUAAGACAGAGACACUAGACAGUACAGAGCUGGGAUAUGUAACCCAUGUAUGUAAUCUGCAUCCUGACCAAAUCAAAACCGAGACUGGUGAUGGAGGAUACCUUAAGGCAGAACACAUCAGUGACUUGAAGAAUAUGAAAUGUGUUCAUUUGAAAUCUGAUAAAAUGAAGUGUGAAUCCAGUGAAAGUUCAGUGAGUGAUCUCAUGAAUGCUAUGAUGAAUGGAGCUGCAGGUGAUCGCAAAGCCAAGACAGAACCAUCGCAAUGUGCAGGAGAGCCAAAUCCAAACUGUAAGAAGGAAGAAAUGCAUGAUCCGCUGACCCAGUGUGGAGACUUAAAUCACCACUGUCACAUAAACGGUGAGAAUAGUCAGACCAGAAUUCUGCAGAAAGGUGGAAAUGGCAGCAACAAGUGUAUUAAUUUCCAGGGAACAAACGAGAGAACUGAAUCCAAUCCAAGACUUUGGAAUUUCUGUCAGAAGGAAGCAAUUAAUAAAAGUAAAGGUCAAAUGAAUAGUGAUGAAAAACCAUACAGAUGUACAUGGUGUGAGAAGUGUUUUAAUUUCAAAUCUGCUUUAAAUAGACAUCUGAUAAUUCACACAGGUGAAAAACCAUACAAAUGUACUCAUUGUGGGAAGUGCUUUUCUACAAAAGGUCAUAUAAAUAUCCACCAGAGAAUUCAUACAGGUGAGAAGCCCUACAAUUGUAUUAUUUGUGGAAAGUGCUUUUCCACAAGAUAUAAUUUAAAUAUCCACCAGAGUACUCAUACAGGUGAGAAGCCCUACAAUUGUAUUAUUUGUGGAAAGUGUUUUUACACAAAAAGUAAAUUAAGUGUCCACCAGAGAACUCAUACAGGUGAGAAGCCCUACAAUUGUACUCUGUGUGGAAAGUGCUUUUCCUCAAAAGCUUAUUUAAAUAUCCACCAGAGAAUUCAUACAGGUGAAAAGCCCUAUACUUGUACUCUGUGUGGAAAGUGCUUUUCCAUGAAAAGUAAUUUAAAUAUCCACCAGAUAACUCAUUCAGGUAAGAAGCCUUACAAAUGUUCUACGUGUGGGAAGUGCUUUUCUGGAAAAUCUAAUUUAAAUCGACAUCAGAUAAUUCAUACAGGUAAAAAGCCCUACACAUGUUCUCAGUGUGGGAAAUGCUUUUCCACAAAAGCUUCUUUUGAUAUCCACCAGAGAACUCAUACAGGUGAGAAGCCCUAUACUUGUACUCUGUGUGGAAAGUGCUUUUCCAUGAAAAGUAAUUUAAAUAUCCACCAGAGUACUCAUACAGGUGAGAAGCCUUACAAAUGUUCUACGUGUGGGAAGUGCUUUUCUGGAAAAUCAAAUUUAAAUCGGCACAAGAUGAUUCAUGCAGGUCUUUAA